AUGGAAGCUCAUUAUUUAACUGAACAGCAUCAACAUGCUAUAAUGAAAGUUGUUCGUCAAAUGUUAUUGCAAUUAAGCGGUAGACAGGUAGAUAAUGAUCUUUCUCAAAUAACAACAGCUGAAACUUGUGAUCUAGUCACAACUCAAUUACAAGAGCUUUUUGAAAUGCUCAACAUCUUGUCAGGUGGUAUUGAAACAUUGAAUAAUGACCAAGAACGUCUGAGCAAUGAAUCACUUCAAAUUCAAGUAACAAUUCCAACAUUGACAGAAGAAUUAUCAAAAGUUAAAUUAUCGAUUGAAGAAUCAAAUGCUUUUCUAGAAGGAGUGAAACAUAAUCAAGACAUUCUCAAUCUAGAUUUAGCAUCAUUGCAAGAAAAAAUCGAUGAUUUGCGACAUGUUUCAUAUGAUGGAGCAUUGAUAUGGAAAAUUACAAACUUUCAAGAAAAAAUGAUUGAUGCACAAUCUGAAGGACAAACAUCAAUUUAUUCACCUCCAUUUUAUUCAUCUCCAACUGGUUAUAAAAUGAGAGCUCGUGUUUACUUAAAUGGAGAUGGUGAUGCUCGUCGUACACACAUAUCGAGUAGUUUUCAACGACCUCGAUCGGAUAUGAAUAUAACUAGUGGUAUACCAAAAUUUUUCUCAUUGGAAAUAAUUCAACAAGGAAAUCCUUAUGUACGAGACGACACCAUGUUCAUUAAAAUUAUGGUUGAUUUUGGAGACACUCACCAAACACUGUUACCUUACGUUUUGGGUCUCAAUCCAGGUCUACCAACUCAUGUUCAACAAGCAAUGAUCGAGCAAGAAGCAGAAAGAAUAUCUCAACAGCAGUUUAGCGAGCAGCCGGAAAUAUCUCCGGAAUGGUCUACCGUUCAAUUUAUAUCAGAGGCUGAAUCAACAAAUGAGAAGAUACUUCAUUGA